UUAAUGUGAGCGGACUGUUGUUUGUUGUUUAUUGUUGUUUAAUACUAGGAGUGUGUAACGACAGUAUGGAAAGUGAAAUUAGGGACUGCUAUCGUGUUUAGAAAAAGUGGUGUUCUUUUGCAAAGUUUUGUUAUAGUUCGUGAUACAAAUUCUUUGCUAUUAUCAAGUGAAACUAAUUAUAAAUUAUAUAUAGUAUAUAUUAUCUGUGAGGAAAAAGGAUUGGUCAUAUUUGUAUUUGAUGAGAAAAAAGACGAGCGAAAAUUGAUUUAUUGGUCGGCGAGUUUUUACAAUAAGAUUUUAACAAGAUUAACCAGAGAUAUUUUUAUAAAAUAUUUAGUUUAAAACAAGUUUUACAAACGUGUCAGUUAUAAGAUAAAACAAGAUACAAUACUUAUCGUGUCAUUGAGAAUCUGUGGCGAAAAGACAAAGCGAUAUUAUUUAUUGUGUUCAUAUAAAAUAUAUACAUAUAGUAUGAUGUGAGAAUUGAGACUGUUUUGUACUGAAAUGGAGCAUGUUUCAAAGGGAAUGUUUUAGAAGCGCCUGAAGGGAAGCUGCAGCAACGAUGAAGAUUAAAAAUCCGCUGACGGUUCUAGCGCUCGAAUUAAGAUGGUUAGCAAGGAACAUUAGUGGCAAGGAGAUGUCAAAUCAAACGGGCCUGAAGCAUGUCGCCACCGAGCCGACUCGACUCGAGAGCAAACGGGAGAGACGCCGAGGUGCUGCAGGGCGGGCUGCAGCGUUGCGACGGGCGCCGUCCGACUCGGACUGCUCCGGCGAAACGGCAUCACUGUCCGCGGACAGUGGGGAGCGGUCUGUGAGGCCGUUACCCCCUCCACCUAGAGCUGGGAAGACUAGGGGAAGUCGUCGCCGCGGCAGCGAGUGGGAGGUGCUAGAGGGGUUAAAAGACGGCCAGCGAUUCGAAAAGCGGCCUGAAGUGUUCAACGGGUACUUGCAUAAGAAGAGGAAGUGGCCGCUUAAAGGAUGGCACAAGCGUUUCUUCGUGGUCGACGCCGGUAUACUAGUAUACGCGCGGUCCCCAACCGACGUGGCCCGGGGCCGACUCCACGGGUCCGUAGACGUGGGUCUCUCAGUGAUAUCGGCGAAGGCCCGUCGUCGCCGCAUAGACAUAGACGCGGACGAGUUCAUAUACCACUUGAGGGCCAAGACGCCCGACGUGUUCCGCACUUGGCUGGCCGUGCUCACGGCACACAGGUUAUACAGGCAGCAUUUGUUAACAUUCGGUGCGCGAGAGUCUGUGCCCAAAAUACACGCGCCGUUAGAAGAUCUGCCGCCAACAGAUACUUCGUCACGGCUGGUAAGUCCCACGUCAGGGCCGCUGCGGGGACCGCAGGCCAGCUUCGUCUCAGGCACGCCUGGGGGCAGAUUGGCUAGCUGGAUUAUAGAAUCAGGUGGGCCCCUCGACAAUGUGUCCCGGGAGCUCGGACAAGCGCAACUAUCAGUGCAGCAGUUGCAGCGGCUAUUGGAUACGCUCGAGCUGCAGCAGCAGACGCACCAUGAUACUGAUGUUUCAAUAGAGGGCGCUUCGCCGAACGUCAAAAAGGACAGACGCAAAUUCGGCUUACGGAAAAAGAAAUCAAACAGCAAAUGCACUUCCGUUGAGAUGGGACAGCAUUAUAUAGACCCAUCUAGUUCUCAUAUGGCCUUAUCAACAUUAACAGCCCCCCCUUCCCCUGGAGGAGUUUCGUCUUCUGUACCCAAUUCCGCCGCGUCUCUGCCUAUAGCGUUUCUAUCUACUUUUCUGGCGUCCACUUUAGUUCCAUGUGCAGCAACCAGACCUCAAUCGCUACCAGGUGCAGAAGUCCUGAACGCAGCUCCGGCCAGUCUGACCAGUCUGACGCCAGACCACCAGCUGCGGGAGGACUUCACCAUGCUGGCCAAGGACCUGGUCACCAGCUUGAAGAGUAUUGUUGCUACACUGGUAUGUGAACGAGGCCGUCUCCGAGCGGCCAUGGAAGCGGCGGACACUACAACCACGCCCAGUGGAGUUGUAGCGGCGUUACGUACGAACCUCUCCACUGCGUUACAACAGAAUUCUGUGUCCCGCGCAGAGCUGCGGUCGCGGCUGUCGCGCAUACACGACGCGUCUGACCUUGCUGAGAUCUCCUCCAUGGGGGCCAACUCGGAUCAUAACCACCAAUUCAAGCACUCGCUGAGUUACAGUUCGUCGUGCGUGUCCGCGUCUGAGUUCUUUGACGCGGAGGAACAUGACAAUGGCGAAAUUAAACAGAACGAGAUUAUUAAUGCUGAUGAGACAGGUGUGAUAGAAUUGGACGGAGAUUCGUCAUCAGAAGCGGGAUCGCUCAGCAGUGAGGAGGGAUCCGCUAGCUCUGAUAACAGCGAUGCUGCCACAGUGGUAUCAGCGGAGCAGACGGCCCCGUGCGGGACGGGCCAGUGGUCCCGGCGCCGCGCACUGCCCGCCCCAAGGCCCACCCCCGGGGGACCCAGUCUGUGGAACCUGUUGUACAAGAAUAUUGGCAAGGACCUCAGUCAGAUAUCCAUGCCCGUGACGAUCAAUGAGCCGCUUAAUAUGCUGCAGCGUCUCUGCGAAGAGCUCGAAUACUCCGAACUGCUGGACGCAGCGGCUGCGUGCGACAACGCAGUAGAGCGCAUGUCGCUGGUGGCCGCGUUCGCGGUGAGCGCGUACGCUGCGUCCGCGCACCGCGCUGCGUCCAAACCGUUCAACCCGCUGCUGGCGGAGACCUACGAGUGUGUGAGGGAGGACAAGGGCUUCCGGUUCCUGGCUGAACAGGUAUCCCACCAUCCGCCAAUAUCAGCGUGUCACGCGGAAUCCAACCGCUGGGUGUUCUGGCAAGAAGCGAGGAUCAAAACUAAGUUCUGGGGAAAAUCUAUGGAGUUUCAGCCCGCGGGAAGAGUACAUCUUACCUUGUUGACUACGGGCGACCAUUAUGUGUGGAAUAAGGUAACGACAUGCGUACACAAUCUAUUCGGAGGGCAGCGGUGGGUGGACCAGUACGGCGAUAUGCACAUCACUUGUCAGGGAUCCGAUAUUAGCUGUAAACUGAACUUUGUUAAGGCGAGUUCAUGGUCGUCCACCCGUCACGAGGUGCGCGGUGCAGUGCUAUCGGGGCGCAGCACAGCGCUGCGGCUGCACGGGCGCUGGUCCGAGGCGCUGCACGCGGGGGAGCCGCCCGCCGCGCGCUGCCUGUGGCGACCCGGCACUAUGCCGCCAGACUAUGAGCUAUACUACGGGUUCACUCGAUUCGCGAUGGAACUCAACGAAAUGGAACCCGGCAUGAAGGAAACCUUGCCGCACACUGACACUAGGUUCAGGCCGGACCAGCGCGCCCUAGAGGAAGGUGACGUGGAAGCGGCUGAACAAUUUAAGCUUGAGUUGGAACAAGCGCAACGUGAAAGACGUCGUACUACAGUUGAUCACGUGCCUGCUUGGUUCCGAAAAUCCCGGGAGGAGGGCGAGGAGACGUGGGUGUUCGGCGGCGAGUACUGGAAGGCGCGCGAGGCCGGCUUCCCGCUGCUCGCCGCGCCGCCGCUGUGGUGACCGCGCCGCACCACCAACACUUCGCGAGAGGUGCUCUGCUAGAGGUUGUGCUUGCCGCUUCCAGCUUACUAACUAUUAACUACUUACUACUCGCUACCGGUUACUACAAACUACUUACUACUUAGCGCGCCGUGAUCAGACUGCGACUGACUACCGUGUAUUACGCACAAAAAAAUUGUUUUUACGUUUGUCCAAAAAAAAAGAAAAAAUAAGUUUUUGCAACUUUGUUUUUGCUAGAGCGAGAUGGAUGAUCUAUAAAGGUCUAUCUCGCUCGCACAGUUUGAAAAUGCAAUUACAAAAACAAUUAUUCCACGGACAAUUUAAAAUUUCCAUAGUUACAAGUUUUUUUUUUCAGUUAUGUCGCAGUCUGAUUUCAAGGCUGAUUAUGCUAUCUCGCUCUAACCAUUGCGAUAUCAAAGCGUUGGAGGGAGAUAGCGCGUUGCUCUUUUAUAAAUUACACGCGUUACAUAUUCCUUGAAGAGAGAGUUUAUUAUAAAGCGUAAGUAAUGAGGGUAGAUGUAUGGAAAAUAAAUUUUAUGAAAUAAUUUAUUAAAAUUGGUUCAUAAAGUAUUAUGAAUUUUGAUUAGAUUAUUAUUUUUAUAAUAAAAAUCUAAUUAAGGUUAUAUGUUUAGCAUAAAUACAAAUAAUUUCAAUUUUGUUAUUUUUCAUAUGUUGUAAAAAUGCCUUAAUAUUUUUUAUAUUAAAUAAGGUGUUGCCCUAUUUAUUAAUGAUUUAAUAUACGUCUAAAAUCUUUGCCAGAAAACCGCGAUGGCAUAUAAACCACUAUUUUAAAACUUUUAUCUGCGCCAAUAGAAAAAUGUGAGGAAUGAUAAGUGCGAAAGAGAUAGCAUGCGAUUACUUGGUAUAGAGCGAGUGAGACAACAUGCUAUUUAAGUCGUUAUUGGGGCAGGUUAUAAUUUUUUUACAAUUAUGUAUUACAUUUAUAAUAUUUUGUUAUUAGUAAAUUGUUAUUUUUUUAAUGAAAUGUGUUUUUUUUGUGAUAAUGAUGUUUUUGUGAUAAUAUGGUUUUAUCGUUUUUUUGUUUGUUACUUAUCAAUCUUGCCUUUAAAAAGACACGUAAAGUAUACAAUUAUAUAUAGAAACGAUAUUAUUAAUGAAAUAUCAUUUUUUUGCUUUGUUUUCAAUUUUAACGAGCUUUUAAAUAACUAUGGAAUAAUCCUUUUAUGACUUCAUUGUUUUGUAUAGAAUCAAUGGCAAAGUUUUAAUUUUACUAAUUUAUUAUAAAUAAAAAUCAAAUAUAAAUUGGAAUGAAAAACUCCAAGAAUUAUAGUCGUUUAAAUAUGUUGCCACUAUAAAAAAAAUAAUUAAAAAAAAUUGCCAACUUCAAAAAUGAUAACCUCUAUAAUUUAGAUUUUAAUUUGUUUUUUUUUUUUUUAAUUACGGGUUUUCGGUUGUUAUCUAAGUAAGGAUAUAUGCACGUUUAACAUUCGACAUAAAACUGUAACUGUCACUUAAAUUGACAAUAAUACGUUCCCGCGUUUAGGCAGUGUUGUUGUUGUUGUAUAAUUAACUAAAGAGUUGAAAAAUCAAUUAAAAUAAAUUAAUGCGUAUCGUAUAAUGCUCUUCGCCCCUUUGUUGCACGGAUUCCUUGACACGUACCUCUAGAGACUUUGACAGUGACAUAUGUCAAUGUCAAAACUAAAAAAAAAACAUUUUUUUUAUGCUACAUUUAAUGCAUACUGUUUCUAGACGAAUGACUUAAGUUAUUUUAAUUUUGACAAUUAUUUUGGUCCUUCGAAACUGACUGACACAUGAACGUAUAAAACUGAACGUAAGAACAUGACUGAAGCUCUUUUUACAACAUAUUGUUCUAUGAAUUUAUUGAUCCCGUUUUAAAAAGAUUGCCAGUUAAGUUUGUAAUUUUAAACUUUUUUGUAUUUAUGUAUAUGGCAAUAAAAUGAAUAUGUCUUAUCGAAAUUAUAUGCCUUAUUACCGUGUAACAAUGGGGUGUGUUCUAGAUUUUUUCAUACACGUAGCUUUUGGGCCUAUUGCGUAAAUAAACUAGAAAUAAGGCAUUGAUGACAGUUGUUUUAAUUAAUUAUUGUUAUUUAUUUGUUUAUAUAAAAGAUGAAACUAAAUACGGAAACGUUUGAAAUUGUUCGAGUUUUUUUAUUAAUCAAAUUACAUAUUAUUGUAUCCAUUUUUUGUACACCUAGCGUAUAUGGUUUUUUUUUUAAUAUUAUUAUUAUAUACGCUAAGUUUAACGUUCAAUUGACAUUUGGUAGUAUACAGUUUGUAACUAACUUGUUUCACCGAUAUUCAUUCAACAAAAUGUUUAUUUUUAAUAUGGGAAUGAAGUCUUGUUUUGUCUCUUUUUCUCUCAAAUCGUGUGACGUAAGCAAGAAAGUAACAAAAUAUUUAUGCGGAUCAAGUGAGAAAUUUAAAUUUAAAGUAUCUCUACUUAGCUCACAGUAUUUUGAAUAAUAUUGUGAGUUAGGUUAGUUUUAACAUGAUCCUAUAAAUGGGUACUAUAUUAUUAUUUUGUACAUAUUUAAAGUGCCUUGUAUUUAAAAACACAUGUGUACUUAGAUGACUAAAAUCGUAUCAGUAUUGCCAACCUUUAAUAUAAUGGAAUUGUUUUGUUUCAAUGAAUAUCGGCUGAAACAACAACCUUAAGUAUAAUUAUUUUAUAAAAUAUUUGUACAUUACAAUAAUUAAUUUAUUUAAAUUUUUAAUAUUAAUUAAGAAAUCUCGAUGUGAAAUUGUGGCUAGUGAAAUAUAGGGUUGCUAGGAUUUAACGGUACUGGUUAUAUACGUAUAAAGAGAAAAAUGUAUAGUAUCAAGAUAUUUCGUUAUUAUAAAUAUAUAAAAUUAACUAUCUACGUAAAAUAUCGUUUGAUCGUUACAAUUUUAUCUUUAACAAACUAGUUUUUUUAUUGUUUUUAGAUAAUUUAACAUUUUCGCCAACGCGUUCGUUCGUACUUAAAUGACAUUAUGCUUUUUAUUAAUAGACUUAUAAGGAAUUUGAUGACAUUAUUUAAUAAUGUUAGAUGAGCCGCGAUUCCAAUUACUAGGUAUAGGUUAUGGCUAAAACCAUAGAUUACAGAUGAACACAUGACAGGCUAAAAAGUGCCAUUUAUUGACAUAUUAUGUCAUCGGGAGUUGCCAUUUGAAAAAAAGAAGAAAGACAUAUGUCAAAAGUAUUAUCUAGAAAUGGGCGCACAAAUCGGUUUGUGCUCUUUUUAGCUCUGGUAAUUAACUGUUACUCUAUGGUUUUACACGAUAGACGUAACUAACAAAUUAUAAUAAUGUUUCGUUCACAGACUAAUCCUACUUUGGUGAUAUUCGAUAAUAGUUAAUGGUUCUCGGUAUGCAGUAAGUGCCUUUACAAAUAAUUUCAUUUUAUACGCAAUAGAUUUAAACAUAAAAUUAUUUGCUUGUUACUUUGGCAGCGUUGGGCUGUGGGCAGUGAUUUUUUGGUUAGUCCAAGUGGUUUUUGAGGGCUGAUGUUUUAUAGAUAUAUUUUGCGGAAAAUAAACAUACGAUGGAAUGGAAUUCUCUCCCAUCUUAUCUGUAAUUUAACGCACAGAUUAAAAAUGAGAAAGAUUAAAAAUAUCGCGAUAUUUCUUAAAAAGUAUUGAUUUUUUUAAUUUGUAAUUGGCGCUAUUUUAUAUUGUUUUACACAGUACACUUGUAAAUUUAUCGUUUGUUUAUGAUAAAAUAGAUUUAUUUAAGAGAGAACUUACUUUUUUAAUAAUUAUAUGAUAUUUAUCGUUCAGAUUAGAAACCGAUUUACUAAAACGCUUUUUAAAGUGAAUAUUGUAUAAUAUUGUUAUAGAAGUUACCACACUGCUUACUACUUUUGUUAUGUGAUUUUGUUUAAUAGAAUAUUAAGAAAUUAUUAAAGGAAAUUCAAUUACA